ACGGCACCACAAUCCAGUGCCCCCGCGCCGCCGCCUCGAAUUCUGUUAUCCGCUACGUGGCAUCACAUGAUUGGCGAAGGCGUCACUGCACCGCCAAUAAAUCUAGCUAGUGGCCACGAUCUUUGAAACUCCCUUUUAUUUGCUUCCAGAUCUGUCCCAUUCCCACCAUUUUUCAAGUCUCUGCGCUCUCUCUCUCUCUCUCCCCCCCCCCCCCCCCCCCCUCUCUCUCUCUGUUAUCUACGCCGCUGCUCGCACUCUGCAUUGUCUUUUGCACCUGAGGCAAAGUUUCGGAUCUGAUUUUCUGCUCCUUUGAUAUUGGUCAGAUCGAAAGGAGGCGAAAAGGUCCUGGCAAUGGCGAGAAUCCACUCUUUCGCAUUGUCUUUCCUUGUUCUCUUGGCGCUUUUCUCUGCACAACUCGCUGUAUCUGCUGAUCCACCGAGCCCGGCACCGCAACCCAGCGCCGCCCUCCACUCCUCUCCGCCGUCCCAAGCCGAAGGGCCGGUUAGUCCUUCUCCAUCGCCGGAAUUGAGUCCUCCUCCGGCAGAUCUCGCUCCUGGCUCAUCGCCGUCACCUUCGGAGAAGUCGCCAAGUCCGGCUCCGUCACCUUCGGAGAAGUCGCCAAGUCCUGGACCAUCGGCGCCGGGCGACACCAGUACCGUGAAGAGUAACGUGAACGCGGAAGGCGAGGAAGCAAAUGAGUCGUCCGGUGGCCUGAAAGGCGGACAGAAGGCCGGGAUUGCGAUCGGAGUGGUAGCUGCCGCGUGUGUCGUGGGGUUCGGAGCGCUGGUAUACAAGAAACGGCAGCAGAACAUCCAACGGUCGCAGUACGGCUACGCCGCCAGGAGAGAGAUUCUGUAGAUGUAUUGUACGUACAUAUAUCUACCUCUAGGUGCCAUUGUCUCUCUCUAUUCUUAUCAUAUGCCAUUCAGUGAAUUUGUUACGCGAGGAUGAUGAAAUUUGUUUGAUUCUUUAGUGGUAUAAUGGAACUUCCAAUACUACAUUUGUAUUCCAGAAUUUUUGUUGUUACCAACACGGGUCUAUUAUGCUUCAAUUUAGACUCCGGCACUCUAGCUUGCUAUUUUACUGUGCUUCAUUCUCGGAUCA